CCAACCCAGAAGCAUCCGUCCACCACCAUCACAAUGUGUUUCGUUCUGGUUCAAUUCAUCAAAAAAGCCCCUCAAACCUCAUCUUCCUGGCACCUCCCCGUCCACCUCCCUGUCAUUCCACCCACCUACCUAGGCCUUAAGACACUGAUUACACCACACAUCGGACUCCUCUACCCCAACCAGAUCACGUCGAUCGCUACACGCUGGCAUGGUGUGGACCGAGAUGGGAGCUUGGGCGGAGCGCAGACACACCUGAAGGAAUUAGGGCAAAACCAUGUGCUUGGAGUUCUGCAGUUGAUGAAGCAGAGAGGUUGGAAGGAUUAUUUAACGGUGGAGUAUGUCGAGGGUUCGGCAGCACCUGAUGAUGAUAUGGUUGAAGCUGGUCCAGCACCAUCAAGCCCCGCCGAUGCACCUGCCCCUCCUCCAGCUUCUGAUAGGGCCGGGACUGCAACGACUCAUCCAUUUAGUGCAAGAGAAGAACAUCUCUUCUCAAUCGCGGCAGAUGCGCCAGGUCUGUCGAUCUUGCCAGCUGAAGACGUAGCAACUACUCUGCUACCAACCGAUGAUCCGGCUGUCAAGGAUGAGUAA